AUGAGCUUAAUCCUGAUGUCGGUGGAUGCGCCGCGGCCGCUGAUGAUGGGUGGCAGUGUCCGUGUACAGCCGCUGAUCAUGCUCAACAACGGAGUCAUGGCCACCGGAGAGGGCGCGUUUCACGCUGGGACAACGGUGGAACCCGAUAUGGAUGGGAAUGGUGACGACUCAAAUGGAGACAACACCGGUGUUGCAAACGACCAAGAUGGCGAGGACGGGACCCAGACCGCGACCAGUGAACACGAUGAUCCAUUCCGGGCCGACUUCACACCCUCUUCUCCUCCUCCGACAUGCAAGCGACCUGCCUCACCACCUACUAUUGGGUCCUCCAGCGUGAAACGUGGCCAAAACCGACAGAACGCUGAAGUUGCAAAUGAAGUCAUUGCCGCUGUCGAUCGUUUGGCUGCCGCCGCUUUUGGACCGGUCGGAGGCACCACAAUGAGUCCACACGGGAAGGCGCGUGCUUGGGCAAUUGAGGUGUUGCAAGACGACAACGAGUUUUCGUCCGAUGAAGAAUCAGACAUGAUGCUCUUGAUUUCGAAGGACGUCACCAGCUCGAUCUCGCAGACUUAUACAGGCUGUAAAAAGAAGAGCAAACGGACCGCUUUCUUGCGCAAGGCGCUGCGGGAUUAUCAGGAUUCGAAGUAA